CAAGAUGGCGGGCUCGGCUUCAGCCGCGAGGGGCGGGGCCGGGGGACGCUGCCGGGAUGUUGCGGAUGGCGCUGGGCCGCGUGCCGGCGCUGCUGGGAGGUGCGCGGACCCGAGGGCCCGGCCUGAGGAGGCUGUGGGGCCGGGGGGCGCGCACGGAGGUCUCCAGGAGGCGGUGGGCCUGGGGCUGGCGGCGCUGCACCUCUGGACCGGGGCCCGCGGCGGCGCUGGGGCGCGUAGAGGCGGCGCAUUACCAGCUCGUCUACACUUGCAAGGUCUGUGAGACCCGGUCCUCCAAGCGCAUCUCAAAGCUAGCCUAUCACCGGGGUGUGGUCAUCGUGACCUGCCCGGGCUGCCAGAACCACCACAUCAUCGCCGACAACUUGGGCUGGUUCUCUGACCUGGACGGGAAGAGGAACAUUGAAGAGAUCCUGGCAGCCAAAGGGGAGAAAGUACGCCGGGUGGCUGGCGAAGGAGCUCUGGAACUGACUUUGGAGCCUGGGGGGGCUUCCAGCUCCCCCACUGCCCCAGAAGAGGGUGAAGGUGAGGAUCCUGCCCACCCCAGCCAGACAGAGCAGAGAUGACUUGCAUGGUGCUUGCCUGUGGACUCCUGCCUUCCACAAAGAUGCUUCCAUCAGUCCCGGCCUCUCAGACUCUGCCUGCUUCUUGUCAGUAAACAAACGUCACCUUCA